UGCUAACUGUCGUAAAAGUACGGUGUAUUACUUCAUCGAUAAAUCAUUAAUAUUUGAAUGACUUAAUUUUAUAAAUGAAAUUUAUGUGAACACAUACUUUAAACAAAUGUCUGUACUUAGUGAAGAUAUUGUUCGCAAUCUUAUAGCAAAUUCCAGUGUGCCAUUAGUGUUCCGGGGCUAUGUGCGAAAUUGGUCAUUAUGCCAAUGGGAUGUAGAGAAAUGGUGUUCAGUUUUUGGAGAAAAAGAGAUACCAUUCAGAUGUUUAAAAAAAGAUUUCUUAUCAGACGAACCUUGUUGGGAACGACGAUGUUCUGUUAAAAGAAUGUCCUUCAAAAAUUUCGUUGAUACAUCUGCAUCAAGCGACGAAUGGAUGUACUUCGAUUAUAAAUACCUUUAUCAAUGGUUUAAUGGAGACGAUGAGUUGUAUAAGGGUGUUUCAUGGCAACAGUUCGGGUAUUCCGACAAAGGUGCUUCGGAUGCAACACUUUGGGUGGGCAGUAGUGGUGCACACACACCAGCACAUCAAGACACAUAUGGAGUAAAUAUUGUGACUCAGUUGUAUGGAAAAAAACGGUGGAUUCUUUUCCCACCUGAAACAGGUGGUUUGAAGCCAACAAGAGUACCUUAUGAAGAGUCAAGUGUAUAUAGUGAACUUAACUUCUAUUGUCCAAAUAGUUUAGAAGUUUUUAAUGGUCUGAUUGGAGCUCGCUCUGUGGAACUGUCAGCUGGUGAUGCUCUCCUGGUACCCAGGGGCUGGUGGCAUUAUGUACAGAAUUUAGAUCCACUGAACAUAGCACUUAAUAUGUGGCUGCCACAUGAAAAAGAUGGUUCAACAAGAGUAUCUGAAGCCCUCAUCAAAAUAUUUGUGGCCCAAAUAUGUAAGGAUUUGCCACAAGAAACUGCAAAGCUGAUUGUUAAUCCAAAUGAGGACGACAUAGCGGAUACGCCGUUGUCUGUGCUAUUUUUACAAUUAGAGACAGUUGCAAAUGCGUAUCUCGACAACCGACGGAAGCUGCGGCGCGCCAAACGACAGAGGACCUGCGAGGACGAACCGACGCCUGCCGCCAUCGAAGACUACGACUUUAAAACUUUAUUAGAGAAUAAAGCUAAUAACUUAGAAAUACCUUCGAGUAUAAGUAGCGAGGAAUUGAUAAAGAUAAUUAAACAGAAUCUCUUAGAAUACGCGAAUAGAGACAGGCCGUUGUGUGAUGACGAGAUAGAUGGGUCCACGACUGCACUGUGCCUCACUAAAGCGGUGAUUGACUCAUACAGUCAAGCCAAUGUUAUCGAUCUCGUUAAACAGAAUUUAUUCGCUCGUCUCAGUUAAAUACAGAGUGUUUCAUAUACUGUCUGACUGGCUUUUUAUACGCCGAGUAAUUUAUAUCGUUUUCGUCCCGCAGCAAAAUAACUUGGCAUAAGUAACAAUUAUAUGUUAUUUAUUUAGUUAAAAAAAAAAAUCAUUGAUUUAUGACCUAUAUGUAAAUUAGUCGUAACAUAGUUUGCUUUUUGCAUUGGUUCACUAAUUAUUUUUUGUUUUUAACUUUUAUUUCUUGUAAAACUUGUAUAUUACCGAGACAGAACCAUUUUACUUCGAGACGGAAACUAUUUAAUUUCAUGGUGUGUAGCAUUGUAGGCAUUAUGUAUUCUAGUCUUAAGUAAAAGUGAAACUUUUUUCUUGAUACAGUGUAUUUGUAAAAGCGACGUAGGUAUUUUAUAGAAGUAACUUUGUUUAUGUGCGUGUGCGCAUAAAGUACUUCCCGGUAUUGGAAGUAACAUUAAAAAUAUUGCGAAGGAAAAUCGGUUGUUACGAAACGGUUUUGAUGGACUGUGAUAUCAAAUGAUAGACUUGAAAGUUUUUUACUAAAUGUGACUAUAAUCUGCGCUAUGCAUGUUAGGUAGGUCGUCGGAAUUUUAAACUAAUCUAAUUGAUCGGUUACAGAGUGAUCGGUGAUAACAGCCAGGCUGUAGCUAUAGGUAACUGUGGUGCAGUAAAUGUGAAAUUAAAUAUUUUGUUCCAUUUCAUUAGAUGGUAAUUUGUAUGAGUUCGAAUUGUGACGUCAUAUGGAUUAUUUUUAGAAGUGUUGUAAUCUAAAUUUAAAAGAACUAUGAGACAUUAGUACUUGGCUAAAUGUGCCGUUCACGUGUUUUUGAAAUAUUUUCCGCUCAUUUAUGAUGAAUAGUGGCGAUUUGUGCCAUAAUUCUUUCGAAAAAACCUGUAAAGGUGCACAAAACUUUAGACUAAGUGUAUGUACAAUUUCUUUUUGUUUAUCACUCAACCUUUAGGAGUCAUUAGGAGUCAAUGCGAACUUUGUUCACUAAAUGGUCCCAUUUCUUUAUUAUGGAACGAAAUUGCCCUGCAAGAACAGUAAAUUAAUUAAUUUUCCUCACUUUUUUUUGAGGGUGGUAAAUCAUCCAAUCCUUCUUCCGUCUUAGGCGAGGCGAGAGGGAGUGUCAUACUCUUACUGACUAAAAACCAACCCUUUCCUACUCCUGCUCUCAAGCCGGAGCCUCAGCAACCCGCUAAGUCUUCCGCUCUCCCGUGGUUCGGCUUCGAUGGUUUCAAUCAUUUCUCUCACUUGAAUGUUAAUACGUAGUUGAAUGAUAAACAAACAAUAUAAUGUAGCCAAUGUAACACGGAAAUAUAAAGGUACUUAUAUUUUUUAUGAAUUGAUAUAUAUAAUUGUGAUAUUAGCAAUGGAAUUG